AUGCCGCAAAAUGUACGCGCUCAACGACACUGUCGUCAUGACGACGGCACACCACCUUGGCACAACGUGACAUUGGCCAACGUGUUAGGAUCGACGAGCUGGACCGAGGCAUCGUUUCAUCAGACAAUUUUGGCAGAGUUGCAGGCAAUCAAGCCAGAUUCCACUCUCCUCACUCAACGCCGCAACAACAGUGAACUGUGGUGCAGACGGGACCCGUGCUCCUCGCCACCCCUCCAGCCCCGAGGGAAGUGUCCCUUCGGGUUGUCACGGCGUCUCCUCGUCUCUGUCCGGCUCGCCGUGAUUCCGUCUCGGCCGAGGGCUCGAGCAAAUGCCCAGCACAUGUGGGCAUGUCCUGUUCCACUCUGUUAA